GCCAGUAAGCGGAAUCAUAACAUUGCAUUUGGCGUGGUUUACUCUUUAUAAAUCGCUUCGUUUCAUGCUCUUUUGCCAUGUUUCAAUGUCCCUGACAUUAAGAAAUAUUAAUUAGGAACUGGCGUCAUAAAAAAUCAGUAAAUUUUUCUUGCAUUGCUAUGAAAACAUGGGGUGGAUCGAUCUGAAAAGUGUUCUGCUGUUACGUGCUAGUAGCAAAUGGCUGUGCGGAGGUGAACACGUAUCCUGUGCAAAAUGACAGUACUGUAGUUCAGACCCUUCUGCUCCUCCGUCCUCCUCCUGUGAAAGUCAUGUGACCCAGAUUUGCAUGGUUUCCUUGAAGCCAGUUUCAGGAUGCCCCGACUGGAGGAGUUGGCCAACGUGGCUCUCAGGGUGCCCAGUAUCCUGGUGCUUGACCUGCUCUACAAAUGUGAUAUUGAAGGCUUAACGGAGCACCUCAAAGCCAAAAAUGAAGACAUGCUUUUUAAAUACAAAUAUGUCAUCUGGAACUUGUACUACAUUGGUCAUGUGGUGAACCUUGUGGUGUUGAUUUUGCCCCUCAGACACAUUGUGACGCUCUACCUCCACAUCCUCACUGCUCUGCUCCUAUACAUGGGCCAUCAGAUUUCCAAGGACUACGUUCGAGAGGAGCUGCAGUUUGGUUAUGAAGGGGCCGUGUACCUCAACUCUCUGGCCUUCAACAGAUUUGUCUCAGCGCUCACAAGUCAGAUUAUCCUCAGUACGUUGUGUGCCUUCCUAAUGAAGACUAGAAAGGUGUGGAUUUUCUCCGCCCACAUGCUCCCCCUGCUGGCUCGUCUAUGCGCUGUCCCUCACGCCACUCUGCUCAUGGUCAAUACUUUUUCUAUGGGGCUGACUGGAGCAGGCAUCGCUGUGUUUCUGCUUUCACAUCUUUUUGUGCCCUAUGGACUUGCAAGAGCAGCCUACUCAGAGUUUCUUCAACUAGAGGUAAUUGACUUGUACAGACUUAUGGCAGUUGGCAUCUCCCUGUGGAUGCAGUUUGCUGUGCCCGUCCUCUUCAGUGUCUUCUGGUUCGUUUUAUUUGUGGUCCAGCUCGGCUCCGACAUCUUUUCUGGCAAUGUGUCGACGAGUCAUCAGGGAAUCAUCUUCUUCCUGCUCUCAAGUGUCUCUGAGUGUUGUGCCACACCAUACUCGCUGCUCGGUCUGACUUUUGUUGUGUCUUAUUUGGCCCUGGGACUUCUAAACCUAUGCAAAUUCUACCUGGGAGGAUACGCUGCUGUCCAAAAUGAGAAUGUCAUGCACAGAGGUGUGACAGAGGGUGUGACUUUGCUGCUUCUUGCUCUUCAAACGGGUCUUUUGGACAUGCAGUCUCUUCAACGCACCUUCCUCCUCAGCAUCAUCCUCUUCAUCGUCAUCACGUCCACUCUGCAAUCCAUGAUUGAGAUAACUGAUCCUGUUAUUUUAGCUCUUGGAGCUUCACGCAACAGGAGUCUUUGGAAGCACUUCCGAGGCCUCAGUAUGUGCCUCCUCCUCCUCGUGUUCCCCAUUUUUAUGGCUUACAAAAUCUCCCAGUUCUUCCACAUGGACUUCUGGCUCCUGAUCCUAGUGUCCAGCUGCAUGCUCACUUCACUUCAGGUGACGGGCACAAUGCUGAUCUACUCCCUGUUUAUGGUGGAGCUGUUCCGCAGUGAUCCGAUCGAGAGCCUGGAUGAGGUGAUCUACUGGGUGAACGCCGUGAGCCGUGUGCUGGAGUUCGUGGUGGCCCUUUGCGUUGUCGCCUAUGGGACCUGGGAGUCUCUUUUCGGGGAGUGGAGUUGGAUGGGCGCCUCUGUGAUCAUCAUUCACUCAUAUUUUAACGUAUGGCUCAGAGCGCAGUCAGGAUGGAGGAGUUUUCUACUGAGACAGGAAGCAGCAAAGAAGAUCAACUCUCUCCCCAAAGCCACCACAGAGCAGCUGGAGAGGCACAACGAUGUCUGCUCUAUCUGUUUCCAGGAAAUGAACGCUGCUGUCAUCACAUACUGUGGGCAUUUCUUCCAUGGAAACUGUCUCAGAAAGUGGCUUUAUGUGCAAGAGACAUGUCCAAUGUGUCACCAGGCGGUUCGACCCAAAAUGGCCGACAAUAGCCAGGGCACAGAUGAAGCUCCCCCAGAUGCAACGCCUCAAAAUGCCCCUGAUUUAGCUGAAGAAGGUAAUUUAGCUGAGCAAGAAGUUUUAGCUGAACAAGAUGAUUUAGCUGAAGAGGAUUUAGCUGGAGAAGCUGAUUUAGCUGAACAAGAAGAUUUAAACGCUCCAGAUGAACAAAAUGAUACAGAAACUGUUUUAGAAGACCAGCCUGUUGAAGAUGAGAAUGAAAAUGACCAAUCAGGUGAAAAUAAAAUGGAUUCAAGAGGUCUACGCUUCAGCUUAAGUGGAGAGUUUGAUGGUUUUAUCAGCCCAAGUAAUUCUGCUGAUCAGCUGGAUGUAACGGCCUGUGAUCCCAUACAAAAUAAUGAAGGAUCUGGAGAUGCACAAAGUUUACAACUGACUUCUGAAAUAAUGAAUGGGGAAAGUAGUUAUAGUUGUACUACAGAUGAACACAAAAAGAGCAAUAUUUCAGUGCCACAAAAGGUAAACUUUAACAAUGGUGAAUCUGCAAGUGAAGCUGGUCUUUAAUUUGAGUUCUAACAGCCAACUGCCUUUUUUUUUAGUGUUUAUGAUGAGAGAGCCCUUCAUAACUGAACUUGAGGGUGCUAAUAUUGACAGAAAAUAUUUGGGAUGCUUAGAAAAACGUAAAACCUGUCCUGCAGGUAUGUCAGGACAUCCCCUUUAGUGCCUUGAAGGGAGUUGUAGGGUGAGGUAUCGCUUGUAUUGGGAAGACAACACAUCUGCCUUCUUCUGUCAAACAAUCAAGUGUAUGAAUGUUUGUGUAUUCUUCUUUUAGUAUAGAGGGUACUGGUCAUACACUUGGUCCUGGUUUAGUCCUGGUUUGGUCCUGAUUCAGUCCUGAUUCCUCUCAUUUAGUCAUCGGAUCAUUUUUGGCACUGGUUUGUCAAGGGUUAGACCAGUUUUAUUGCUUUUUAUAGUUCUGGUUUGGCCCUGGUCCAAGUUCAAUUGUUGCUUCAUAUUUUAUUGCCCACUAAAUGAAUAGAUUUGAACUAAAAUCAAUACAAUUACGACCAAAAGGACACUGGGAUGUAAAAUCAUGAACAUGCAUAAAUUGUUGUCAUUACAGAUGGUAGUAUUCUUCCAGAUUCAUGUAGAUGGUACAGGCCUUGAAGUGAUACUAGUCAUUACUGCCAUGUUUUUGACAACUUUGACUUUUGAUUUGUUGUCCAAUAAUCAAGAUACAGGGCUUUCCUGUGGCUCAGCUGAUUAAAAUUAUUCUCUGUUGAACAAUUGUACAUAAUUUGUAAAAUAAAUAAUUAUGUCAAAAUA